AUGCGUUUAAUUCCGGCGCGCGAAAUCAGCCUGGUUGGGGUUGGCGCCGUGACGCUAUUCCUGCUGCUUGCUAUUGGUUCGUAUUCACCCACUGACCCGGCCUUCAGCUACAGUGGACAAGGCGGUGAAAUCAACAAUCUGGUUGGUAUCAGCGGCGCCUAUUUUGCUGAUCUGGUGUUAUAUCUGUUUGGCUGGUUGGCUUAUACCAUCCCGCUGGCGCUUACCUUCGUUGGCAUUCGUUUGAUCACCGCCCGUCACCAACCCCAGCACUGGCUGGCGUUGGGCAUUCGUGCCAGCGGCUGGCUACUGGUUAUGAUCUGUGGUUGUGUGCUGCUGGCUCUGCAUACGACGCCCGAACAGCACCUGCCAGAAGGCCCCGGCGGUGUUUUCGGUCAGUGGCUGGUGAGCGGUGGGCUGGCUAUAUUCGGAUGGGUUGGCUUAACCCUGUUAAGUGCCGCGGGCGCACUCAUCGGCAUGCAGGCAGCGGCUGGAUUUUCCUGGCUGAACGUUGCCGAAAUCACCGGCAGAUACCUCUACCAGGCCAGCAGCGCAGUCGUCAUUUUUUACGAUAAGCACUACGAUGCUUACAAACAGCGUCGCGAAGAACACAAACGUCAAUCACUGCAAACCCAACAACUGGUGCAGGCGCGAAAAGUUUCACUCGACAAAGAUCUGGUCAAAGCUCAGCAACCGACGGCUGCAAAAGUCAAAAUUGUCCCCAAAGUAGAGGAAAAAGCCGCAAAAGGGCGCGGCCAGCAGAAGCGCCUGUUCGACACCAAAACACCUGGCGAACUGCCUGACCUGGAACUUCUCGACGAAAAAGAGCCUGACACCGGAUUGGGAUAUUCACCUGCCUCGCUGGAGGCCAUGUCCAAACAGCUGGAACUUAAACUGGCUGACUUUGGUGUAGAGGCAGAAGUGGUCUCUGUAUUGCCAGGGCCCGUUAUCACGCGCUUUGAGCUACAGCCUGCUGCGGGUGUCAAAGUACAGAAAAUCUCUGCGCUGGCGAAGGACCUGGCACGCUCUCUUGCUGUCAUCAGCGUGCGUAUUGUUGAAGUGAUUCCCGGCAAAUCCGUCGUCGGUAUCGAAAUUCCCAAUGAACAUCGUGAGAUAGUUCGCUUAAAAGAAGUCCUCACCUCAUCGGUUUAUGCAGACGCACCAUCACCCUUAACGCUGGCGCUGGGCAAAGAUAUUGCCGGUGCCUCGGUGGUUGCCGAUAUUGCAAAAAUGCCCCACCUGCUGGUGGCGGGUACAACCGGUUCAGGUAAAUCCGUCGGCGUUAACGCGAUGAUUUUGAGCAUCCUGUAUAAAUCCACGCCUGAGCAGGUUCGCCUGAUUAUGGUCGACCCCAAGAUGCUUGAGCUGUCGGUGUAUGAAGGCAUCCCGCAUCUCCUGGCGCCAGUUGUCACCGACAUGCGCGAAGCCGCCCAUGCAUUAAACUGGUGUGUUGCUGAGAUGGAACGUCGCUACCGGCUCAUGGCCUCAUUGGGCGUUCGCAAUCUGGCUGGUUUCAACAAACAGGUGCGAGACGCUAACAAUCGCGGCGCGCCGAUAAAAGAUCCGCUGUGGAACAAUGAACUUGAAGAAGCGCCGGAUCUGACCACGCUGCCCGCGAUUGUUGUGGUCAUAGACGAGUUUGCCGACAUGAUGAUGAUUGUCGGCAAAAAAGUAGAACAGCUGAUUGCGCGUAUUGCGCAGAAGGCACGUGCUGCGGGCAUCCACCUGAUUCUGGCCACCCAACGUCCAUCAGUUGAUGUCAUUACCGGUUUGAUCAAAGCCAACAUUCCUACACGCAUGGGCUUCCAGGUGUCGUCCAAAAUAGAUUCGCGCACCAUUCUCGAUCAGGGCGGCGCCGAGCAACUGCUUGGUCACGGCGACAUGUUAUACCUGCCGCCAGGCACCGCGUUGCCGCAACGUGUGCACGGCGCCUUCGUUUCUGACGAUGAAGUGCACCGCGUGGUGGAAGACUGGAAACAACGGGGCACACCAGAUUAUCUGGAUGAUAUUCUCAGCGGAGAGAUGGAAGGUGAACCGUUUGUGCAGCUCGAUUCUGCCAACGGUGAUACUGAACAGGAUGAUGAGCUGUAUGAUGAAGCUGUGCAGUUUGUGCUCGACUCCCGCCGCGCAUCCAUAUCGUCUGUGCAACGGAAAUUACGCAUCGGUUAUAACCGUGCAGCGCGAUUGAUCGAGGCCAUGGAAGCGCGUCUUGAGAAACUCGAUGGGGUUAUCGCCCGAUUUGUGCAACAGGUAACCAACGUGCAAGGGUUCGUAGUUGAAGAAACCCGCGGCGUCCUGUACCUGGCAAAACCACGGUUCCGCUGGGAAGUUGAAUCACCUCUGCCACAAAUCAUCAUCGCCGACGGGGAUGACAUAGAAAUCUACGACCCUGAUCUGGAACAGGUCACUCAGCGCAACAUCCAAGGCGACCUGCAACAGGCGCCGCUUGCGCUGCUGUCCUCUGGUGCAGCUCUGUUGACGGAUCAUUUUACCGUGAGCAGAGGGGAGCUUGAUGCCGGAGGCACGCACUUUGUUUUGCGGCCCAUUGCUACCGAUGCGUUAUUCAAGACCCUUGAACUGCAAUUCAGCGGAGAAUCACUCAGCGGUAUCAACAUUGAUGACCAUGCAGGACAACAAACCUUCAUUCGGUUCGAACAAUAUCAAGCCCAGCAGGUGAUACAAUCCAGCGUUUUCGAACUGGAUUAUCCGCCGGGUACCGACUUUGUACGAGGAUGCACCGGCAAAACCACGUUAGCGCGCUUGUUAGCCAAGGGCGCAGACGCGCGUUUUAUCUCAAUUUCCGCCGUACUGGCAGGCGUCAAAGAAGUCCGCGAAGCUGUUGCAACUGCCCAGCAGUAUGCUGCACAGGGGCAAACGACCAUUCUAUUUGUCGACGAAGUACAUCGAUUCAACAAGGCGCAGCAGGAUGCUUUUCUACCGCAUGUUGAGCGGGGCACGGUCACCUUUAUCGGCGCGACCACGGAAAAUCCAUCAUUUGAGGUCAAUCCGGCACUGUUAUCCCGCGCACGGGUUUAUGUCCUGAAAUCCCUUGAAGAAGCUGACCUGGCCAUUCUUUGCCAGCGUGGCGCAGAUUCUCUGCAGGUGAAACUGGAUGAAUCGGCACAACAGCAACUGGUCAAAGCUGCCGAUGGUGAUGCCCGCCGCAUGCUGAACGUCCUGGAUAUUGCCGCCCAGUUAGCCGAGGACGUCAUCACCCCGGAACAUAUCGAUACCGCUUUGGGUGACCAGGUGCGGCGUUUCGACAAAGGUGGCGAUAUUUUCUACGAACAGAUAUCUGCCCUGCACAAAUCUUUACGUGGCAGCGACCCGGAUGCUGCGUUGUACUGGUUCUGCCGCAUGCUGGAUGGCGGCGCAGACCCACGCUAUCUUGGUCGCCGCCUGUUGCGCAUGGCCAGUGAAGACGUCGGCAACGCAGACCCAAGAGCGUUGGAACUGACCCUGGCAGCAAUCACCACGUUUGAGCGCCUGGGCAGCCCUGAAGGCGACCUUGCGCUCGCGCAGGCGGUCUUGUAUCUGGCCAGCGUGCCGAAAAGUGAUGCGGUAUACAGCGCGUUUAACCAGGCGAUGGAUACCGUGCGAAACUCGCCUUCGCAUUCGGUGAAGAUUACUUUCCCGAAGAAAUGGGGAAAAUUCAUCAUGAAUUCGCUGACGUUGUUGACAGUAGCAGCUGGUGGCGCCCUGGGCGCAAUGCUCAGAUUCACCAUCGCCGCUUCAAUCGGGGCACAUCACCUGUUUCCUUGGGCCACGCUUACCAUUAACAUCGCCGGCUCAUUUGCCAUCGGCCUGGUAUGGGGUGGCUUUGGACACACAGAGUGGUUUCAGAACUGGGGCCGUUUGCUGAUUGUGGUUGGCAUGCUGGGUGGUUUUACCACGUUUUCUGCGUUCUCACUGGAAACGCUCAGCCUGCUGAACAGCAGCAGAUUCGUCCUGGCUGGCGGCUACGUUCUGGCGUCCGUGUUGGUCUGCCUGAUUGCAGUUUAUUUUGGAGAGAGGACAGGGCAGGCAUUGUUGCCCUGA